AUGUCGGACCGUAAGGAAUACAGCGUCGGCUGGAUUUGCGCCAUCAGUACGGAGUACACUGCUGCAAAGGCCUUUCUUGAUGAGACGCAUCCACCUCCAGAGCCUUUAUCCCCGGCUGACAACAAUGCUUAUACCGUGGGCAGGAUCGGAAAGCAUAAGGUCGUUAUUGCAGUCCUACCCGACGGCGAAUACGUGGUCAGCGCCUCUCGAGAUGGUAAUGGUGGCGUUUUUCAGUACGACUUUGGUAAAGCUAUACAAAAUCAAAGCUUUCAACCAACAGGAAUCCUAAAUCAGGCACCAACAUCCUUGCGAACGGCACUCAACGCAUUGAAGAGUGAUUACGAGAGUGAGGGGCAUCAGAUUGAGGAGUUUAUUAACAGUAUCCUAGAGAAAAAGCCAAGACUACAGAAGAGGUACAGGCGGCCACCCCCUACCAGCGAUAGGCUAUAUCAGAGCGACUUCACACACCCUCUUGAUAAUGAAGCAAGCUGUGUGGUAGUCUGUGGAGAUAGUUCCUCGCAUUUAGUAUUACGACAAGAACGUCAAGACGAUGAGGAUAAUCCUACGGUUCAUUAUGGCUUAAUUGCUUCCUCCAACCGACUGAUGAAAGAUGCCUUGGCACGAGACAGACUUUCUACGGAAAAGGAUGUUCUUUGCUUUGAGAUGGAAGCGGCCGGGCUUAUGAACCAUUUUCCAUGCCUCGUGAUUCGCGGCAUAUGCGACUACGCAGACUCACGUAAGAACAAAGAGUGGCAAGAAUAUGCAGCAAUGGUGGCAGCUGCGUACGCGAAGGACCUUCUGAAAUGGGCCUCGCCAAACAGAGUUGCAACGGAAGAGGGGAUCAGUGACAAGUUAUCUGAAAUUGAUCUUCACUUGAAAGAAAUAUCCAAUGAUGUCACCGAAAUUUACUUACAGCAACAGAGUGAUGAAAAUCAAAAGAUCCUCGAUUGGAUCUCCAAGAAUGACUUCGGUCCCAAGCAGAGGGAUUCUUUUAGAAGGCGACAACCCAGCACUGGCCAAUGGUUCCUGGACUCGAAAUAUUACCAGAUUUGGCUCAACUCCGAGAAAUAA